AUGACCCUGUCGAGUUGCACGGCGCAUUACGGCGAAGACAGUGUCGGCUCAUUCCCGUACUUCGAAUACAAUGUGCCGCGGAAUGUGACCACGGUGGUGGGACAGACCGCCUUCCUACAUUGUCGAGUCGAACAACUUGGAGAUAAAGCUGUCUCCUGGAUAAGAAAACGGGAUCUGCAUAUUUUAACAGCUGGAAUACUCACAUACACUUCCGAUCAGAGAUUUCAGGUAAUCAGACCGGACAAAUCGGAGAAUUGGACUUUACAAAUAAAGUUUCCGCAAGAGAGGGACGGCGGUAUCUACGAGUGCCAAGUCAAUACUGAACCCAAGAUGUCGCUGGCAUUUCAAUUGAAUGUUGUUGAAGCCAAGGCACAUGUUCUGGGUCCAGCUGAUUUGUACGUAAAGACUGGCAGCUCGCUGGCCCUCACUUGCAUUCUGAGUCAAGGACCUCACGAUCUCGGUACUAUCUUCUGGUAUAAGGGAUCAAAUAUAAUAGAAUACAAGGAGGUUGAAGCGAAUGACAUUGUGGAACAACCGAGGGUCCGGUUGAAGACAGAAUGGACGGAACAGCUCACUUCUAGGUUGACGAUCAGCAAGCUGUUACCGACUGACAGCGGGAACUACAGCUGUGUGCCAACUAUGGCAGAGUCUGCGUCAGUCAAUGUACAUGUUAUUAAUGGUGAGCACCCAGCAGCAAUGCAACAUGGCAACGCAAACACAGCAUCCCCUUGUGCACUGUCGGUUAAUCUUCUAAUCUCUCUAUAUUGUACUCUAGCUACUUUAUACACUAGUACGGUAGACGGAAUUAGAUGA